AUGUCCAUGCAAAUCCUUCGCUCUGAGGUUGUCCUGGAAAAGUACGGCAAAGCCCUUGCCGGAAAGACAGGUAUUCUGACACGACUCCACGAUCCCGAUUUCAGUCACCAAGCUAACAUCUUCAAAGUCUUGAUCACAGGUGUAUCCGAUGAAUCCAUCGCCGGCGAGCUCGCCGUCCAGAUUUCCGCCGUCAAUCCCAAGCUUCUCAUCCUGAGUGCCCGAGCCGAGUCGAAGGUCACACCGAUCAUCAACAAGAUCAAAGAGAGCAAGCCUAAUGUCGCCACCCGCUUCCUUAACAUGGAGCUUGGUGAUAUGGGUGCCAUCCGCAAAGGCGUUGAAAAUGAUCUCGCCGACAUCCCGAAGAUUGACCAUGUGGUGUGCGUGGCUGCAGUGAUGGCUUGCCCUUAUGCAAAGACCAAGGAUGGAUUCGAGUCGCAGUUUGGUGUCAACUAUCUUGCAAACUUCUUGCUAGUCAGGCUUCUUCUGCCAAAGGUCCAAGCUGCCGGCCCUUCGUCCUCUGUUAUCAUUGUGGCGAGCUCUGUUGUCCGGAGGGGAAAGCUUAAUUUCGAUGAUAUUGGCUUUAGUAAUGGCGAAACUUACGAAGGCUGGGCCGCUUAUGGUCAGUCCAACGUUGCGAGAGUGAUGUUUGCCAAAAAGCUCGGCGAGAAGCUCAAGAGCAAGGGCAUUCGCGUCUUCAGCAUCGAUCCUGGCGCUGUGAGGACUGGCCUGCAAAAGCAUGUCUCACCUGAUUUCCGAGCACAGGUUGAGGAGUGGAGGAAGACUGAUAAAGCCAUGACCGAUGUGGAUGGAAACAAGUAUGAUAUUCCUCCAUGGACCACUCGCUCCGAGGGCGCAGCCACUAUGAUUACUGGAAUGAUUGAUCCCACUAUUGCCGACUUUACCGGUUCAUUCUUGAAGCAAAACGCCGUGGCGAACGAAGAGCUGCACAGCCAAAUUCGUGACGAACAGAACUGGACUAGGCUUUGGGAAUUGAGUGAAGCUUUCAUUGGCGAGAUUUAUCCGCUAUGA